CUAGAAAGACAGUGUGAGCGCAUGCCUGAAGAAUCAAACUGUGAUUGCGCGCGAGAUGCUGGAUUUAAUUGUAGGCUACAUGCACGCGCGCACGUGUGCAUGCGUGUUUGGGCUUAUUGCGAUUGCGCUCUCAGUCUUGAAUUUGUCCCGCGGAUGCAUGUGAGAGGGGAAGCUCUCCCGUUUGCAAGCAUUGCAAAAGUGUAGGCUACAGGACGCGAGGCGAUGCGCACAGCGGAGAGUCUACAGAAGCGGACGUGGUGAGCGAAACAGAUUUUUGAGGACAAGGAGACGAAAGUGCAAGCCGUAAACAUAAACGGCAGCAGCAAACCCUCGGCAUAAAUCGGUGUAUUUACAGUGAUUUUGAGCACACUUCUCCAGAAAGCUAAUCGGAGGAGGUCGCGUGCGGGGUACGCUGUCUGCUCAUUAUUUCACCAGCACGGCUCAGCCUGACCGUCCGCUGCCCGGCUUCAGACGAUACCGUGCGCUCCGAUGAUGAGCCAGCAGUGGUGAUCCGGUGAAGAAGACGAGCCGCCGGACAUCAACAAGUCCACCGUGCUUUGAGAAAAUGGGCUGUUUUUACAUUGUGGAGGGCAGGGCUUUGCUGUAACACCGGCGGAUCAUGGCAGGGGUACACGCUUCAGAUGCUGUGUCGGGACAUUUUUUGGAUUCUGCUAUCGGCUCGCCGCCGGCCCAGGGCGCGACCAACGCUGCGGAAAUCACCGGCGAUGCGGCCGCGCUUCCUCCGACCGGUACCCGGGCGUACUUGGAGGUGUCAGCCGCUGCCCAGGGCUACGGAGCCGAGGGAGUUUACACCAAUGGACGGUACAGGGAGCACGGCAGUCCAAGGAUCGGGAGUGGCAGCCGUGAUAAUUCCGCCGAGAGAAGUCAGGGAGCUGGAAACACACCUUGCGGCAUCAUGAAGGAUGGUUCCAAACAGAGACAGGUGAGGAAGAAAACAGUGUCCUUCAGCUCAAUGCCAAGUGACCGCAAGAUCAACAGCACAGCUGCUUGCAUGGCCUUCAUGAUGGAGGGUUGUGAGAUGAAGAAGGUGCGCUCCAACUCACGCAUGUACAACCGCUACUUCCUGCUGGAUCCAGACAUGCACUGGCUCCGUUGGGAACCAUCCAAGAAGGAUUCAGAGAAGGCCAAACUGGAGAUCAAGGGCAUUAAGGAGGUUCGUUUGGGAAAGAAAACUCCAGUUCUGCGCAGCAAUGGUCUCUCAGAUCAGUUCCCUGAUGAAUGCGCCUUCUCAAUCAUCUAUGGGGAUAACUAUGAAUCCUUAGAUUUGGUAGCCAGUACAGCAGAUGUUGUCAGCACCUGGGUGAUGGGCCUUAGGUAUUUGGUGUCUUAUGGCCGGCACACCGUGGACAUGGUGGAACCCAGCCAACCGAGUCUACGAACAUCUUGGAUUGGCUCAGUGUUUGAGCUAGCAGAUAUGGAAAAGGAAGGACACAUAGAUCUGUUCAGGGCCACCCAGAUAAUCAAGGGGCUCAACCCUGGAAUGAAAGAGGCGAGGAUAGAGCUCAAGUUCAAAGAACUCCAGAAAGCUAAAGACCAAUAUGGAGAGGCAAUUAACAUGGACACCUUUGUGGAGGCCUACUGUGAGCUCUGCACACGGCCAGAGAUUUUCUUCCUGCUGGUGCAGUUCUCCAGUAACAAGGAGUAUCUGGACAGUAAAGAUCUGAUGCUAUUCGUAGAGGUGGAGCAGGGUGUGGAAGGUGUAACUGAGGACAUGUGCAGGGAUAUUGUUCAGAAAUUUGAGCCAUCUGCUGAAGGCAGGGAGAGGGGGUACCUCUCCAUUGAUGGCUUUACACACUACCUCCUCUCCUCCGAAUGCCACAUCUUUGAUCCCCAGCACAAACGUGUGUGCCAGGAUAUGACCCAGCCUCUGUCCCACUACUACAUCAACUCGGCACAUAAUGCCUCCCUUCUGGAAGACCAUUUCUGGGGUUCGUCAGACAUCAGCAGCUACAUCCGAGCUCUAAGGAUGGGUUGUCGCAGCAUUGAGGUCAUUGUAUGGGAUGGCCCUGAUAAUGAACCAGUGGUGUAUGUAGGUAGUUCUGUAGCCUCACAUCUAGCUUUCUCUAAAGUCCUGGACAUUAUAAACCAAUAUGCUUUUGAGAGCUCUGAGUAUCCCCUGAUUCUCUGCUUAGUGACCCACUGCUGCAUCCCCCAGCAGAGGGUCUUGGCACAGCACAUGAAGAAGAUUCUUGGGGACAAGCUGUACAUUGAACCCCCCAACAAGGAGGAAAACUACCUACCCUCCCCUGAGAAACUCAAAGGUAAAAUCCUCCUCAAGGGUAAGAGGCUACCACCCAGCUGCACUGACACUGAGGGGGACGUGACGGAUGAGGAGGAAGGUCUGGAAAUGUCCCGAAGAGUUGGGGCUGAUGAGAAGGACCAGCUCAAUGGCUUAGGCUGCAAGAGACUCAGACUGUGCAGGGAGCUCUCUGAUCUUGUGUCUCUCUGCAAGUCAGUCCAGUUUAGGGACUUUGAAAUGUCUAAGAGGGACCAGAAAUACUGGGAGAUUUGCUCCUUUAAUGAGGUAGAUGCAAACAGGUUUGCCAAUGAGUUCCCAGAGGAAUUUGUCUGUUAUAACAAGCGCUUUCUUUCCAGGGUAUAUCCCACACCUAUGAGAAUUGAUGCCAGCAACAUGAACCCCCAGGAUUUCUGGAAAUGUGGCUGCCAGAUUGUGGCCAUGAACUACCAGACGCCAGGCCUGAUGAUGGACCUCAACCUAGGCUGGUUCAGGCAGAAUGGCAACUGUGGGUAUGUUUUGCGGCCAGCCAUCAUGAGGGAGGAGGUGUCUUACUUCAGUGCCAAUGCUCGGGACUCCCUGCCGGGGGUGUCUGCCCAGCUUCUUCACAUUAAGGUCAUCAGUGGGCAGAAUCUGCCUAAGCCUCGUGGCUCUGCUGCUAAGGGUGAUGUGGUGGAGCCCUACAUAUAUGUAGAGAUUCAUGGCAUCCCAGCAGACUGUGCUGAGCAAAGAACCAAGACUGUGUCCCAGAAUGGUGACAACCCUAUUUUUGAUGAGAGUUUUGAAUUCCAGAUCAAUUUACCGGAACUUGCAGUACUGCGCUUUGUUGUGCUGGAUGACGACUACAUUGGAGAUGAGUUCAUUGGCCAGUAUACCAUCCCAUUUGAAUGCCUACAGCCAGGCUAUAGACAUGUCCCUCUACAAUCUCUGACAGGAGAGUUUCUACCCAACACCACUCUGUUUGUCCAUGUAGCCAUCACCAACAGGCGGGGUGGAGGAAGGGCACAUAAGAGGGGUCUGUCCGUCAGGAAGGGUAGGAAGGCCCGGGAGUAUACCACCACCAAGACCACAGGGAUCAAAGUAGUGGACGAGCUUUUCAGAGCUUCCACCCAGCCCCUCAGGGAGGCCACAGACCUCAGAGAAAAUGUGCAGAAUGCCAUGGUGUCAUUCAAGGAGCUCUGUGGCCUGACCCCGGCGGCCAACAUGAAGCAGUGUAUCCUGACUGUGUCUACCUGGCUGAUGAACAGUGAGCGGUCACUGAGGGUAACAGUGGACCUGAGCGAGACUUACCCCACCAUGGAAGCUCAGGGUCCUGUGCCUGAGCUGCUGCGCAAAGUGCUCAACGCCUAUGACAUGAUGAUCCAAACCAGCAGAACACUGAUUGAGUCGGCUGAUGUUGUCUACUCCAAGCUCACACAAGCACAACGGGAAGGUCUGGACUUCCAUGAGGACCUGCAUCGUAUUGGGGCAAAGGAGGGUUUGAAAGGCCGUAAACUUCAGAAGGCGAUGGAGAGCUACGCUUGGAACAUCACUGUCCUCAAGGGCCAGGCAGACCUGCUGAAGCACGCUAAGAGUGAGGCACUGGACACCUUGCGUCAGAUCCACUGUGCAGCUCAGUCCUGUGGUCUCAGUAAAAACGGAGCAGCUUCCCCCCAGCUCCAGCACCACCCUCACCACCAGCCACAGCAGGUCCAGAUACAGCAACAGCCUCAGGCCAAGGCCCACCCACAGCCCCCACCACUGCACCAGUCCCAAACUCAGUCCCAAUCCCAGACCGCACCUCAGGCUUAUCUCCAUCCCUUUCCCCAGCAACAUCCCCAGCUACCAGCUCACCCUCUGGUUCAAACUUUCUCAAAACCACCGGCAUAUCAUCAACCCCCACCCCUACCACAGCUCCAGUUUCAGUUCCAGAGCCAGCAGCAGAGGGCAGCAGGACCUCUGGACACCAUCCCUGAGAAAGAGAUGGUCAGUGAUGAUCCCGCGAGAUCCUGCUGACCCGCAGCCUGUGCCCACAGAGAAUCCUACCCGAAGAGAGACAGAGAAAGCGACAUAGAGAUGGAGAAGCAGAAGGGUGUAGAGGAAAAGCAGGAGGCCAGUAACAAUUGGGAGAUGGAGGAAGUGGCUGAGAGAGUUAAAGAGAUGAUGAUGGUGAGGAAGGCUCGUCGUGUUAGAAGUGAGACACAAGUCUAAGAGGAGGUUUGAGUCAGCCAGAGGGCUGAUGGAGAAAAGACCUCACACUUCAAUCACACAUUUCUAAACAGGAUGGAAAACUGGAAUGACUUUUCUCUGUCGUAGAUUUGGAAGUUAAUCUUCCAUCUUAGCCAGGAAGUUUAGGUCUCUUCUGUUUUCUCUCUUGUGAAAAGUCCAAAAGGGUAACAGCUGGUAACAAACUUCUGACAUGUGUUUCUGCAUAGGAACGUGUUCAUUAGUUGGAUCAGUGAGUUAGAUAUCCCUUUCUCUCUCUGGGCAGUGCUAAUUUCAUGCCCCUCAACUAUGUACUCUAGCUCUGUGGGUACAGGCUUUACCUCACAAUGGCAAUUUCGGCCACACAUUUGCCUUUUCAUUUUCAGAGACUCCUCUGCAUGUGUUUGAGCUUUUAUUUCUUCAUGCUCACACUCUUCUCCUCCAUCUUAGCCUUAAAGCUAAGUGCAAACCCUCACUCCUUUCAAAGAAGAGGAUGCCAUUUUUAUUUUCUGUGCACAAAGUAGAGCAGCUCGACUAGGCUAAGGUCUGUAGGAGUCACAGAUGAACAUUUCAGCACAAACCAGGGAGCUGUAGAGCUAAAAUAGAAAAGCAAACUUUAGCUGUUUAUGUGUUCAGUCACAUUGAUGCUCUUCUUGCCUCCCUUGCUGGUGUCAACCUCCAUCAAGCCCCACACAUCUCCAGUGUGAUUCCUUAGGAUUAAAUUUAUUCAGCAUUUCUGGACUCACCCCACAGGCUCUCCUUGUCUCCUCCCUAGGGGCUGUGUGUGUGUGACGUUACGUGAGUUGGUGUUUUGGUCCCCAGGGUGGAGCUAGCCCACGUCCGUAGGUGGCGGAGUUCACCAGCCAAUCACAACUGGAAUAUUUGACCCUGCCUGUUAGAGGUCAAAGGUCAACAGAAACAUGGUACUGCUGUUAAUAAAAAAAAGUGAAUAUAGAUGUAAACUGUAUGUAAAAUGUACGAAAGGAACAUAUAUUGCUAUAAUAAUUCUUGCAGGCACAGACAUUAAUGAUUGAUAAUAUAAUAAUUGUUGUUAGUUCUAUUGAUAUUCUGAUUCUUUUUUAACAUUACUUCCGCGUAUACAUUGAUUUGACACUUGUUGUUCUGUGGUGCAGAUCAGGACAACCAGUGCAUGUGGGACUGGAACGAGGGUCAAACAAUAACCAGACAUGUGUUUCACUGCAAAGUGACUGUGGAUUCUGUAAGAGCUCCUUUAGUGGCCCAUUAAAACUGGCUUCAUUGUU